ACACACACACACACACACAAGAUUGCAGGGUGUCCGCAGCUUGAUGCUCGUUUGUUUCCAGAAAGGAAGAAAGGAGAGGGGAUAAAAAACCAAAACCACCAGAAAAGGGGGAAGGAGCCUGUUCCAGUCCAGCAGUCCCACGGAGAAUAAUGGAUGUGACCAUAUCUCAGUUCAUCUUAGAAGAAUUUGAUGUCAACUGCAGCCUCCUGGAUCGUUUACAAGAGACUUUUUUAGAGAGUUCCUCUAUCCCUUUCCUGGGUUUUGAUGGUCCAUACUGCAAUGCCACCACUGAUCAGAUCGGGACCUGCUGGCCCAGAACCUCUGCAGGCGAACUAGUGGAAAGACCCUGCCCAGAGUUCUUCAAUGGGAUCAAAUAUAACACCACGAGAAAUGCCUACAGAGAAUGCCUGGGCAAUGGGACAUGGGCUUCCAAGAUAAACUACUCUCAGUGCGAGCCUAUUCUGGAUGACAAGAGGAAGUAUGCGCUCCACUACAAGAUUGCUCUCAUCAUAAACUACCUGGGGCACUGUAUUUCAGUUGGGGCCCUUAUAGUUGCCUUUUUGCUUUUCCUGUGUUUGAGGAGUAUCAGAUGCCUGCGGAAUAUCAUCCACUGGAAUUUGAUCACCACAUUCAUCCUGAGGAAUGUGAUGUGGUUUCUGCUUCAAAUGAUAGAUCACAAUAUACAUGAAAGCAAUGAACCCUGGUGUCGAUGUAUUACCACUGUCUACAAUUACUUUGUGGUUACCAACUUCUUCUGGAUGUUUGUGGAAGGCUGCUACUUACACACCGCUAUAGUGAUGACUUAUUCCACAGAUAAGCUGCGGAAAUGGGUCUUUCUCUUCAUAGGAUGGUGUAUUCCUUGCCCAAUCAUCAUUGCCUGGGCCAUUGGCAAGCUAUAUUAUGAAAAUGAACAAUGCUGGUUUGGAAAAGAGCCAGGGAAAUAUAUUGACUAUAUAUAUCAAGGGCCAGUGAUUCUUGUUCUUCUGAUAAAUUUUGUAUUUCUGUUUAACAUAGUUAGGAUUUUAAUGACAAAGCUGAGAGCUUCAACCACUUCAGAAACAAUACAGUACAGGAAGGCAGUCAAGGCAACCUUAGUUCUUCUGCCUCUGCUAGGCAUCACCUAUAUGCUUUUCUUUGUCAACCCUGGUGAAGAUGACAUUUCCCAGAUCGUCUUCAUCUAUUUCAAUUCCUUCCUGCAGUCUUUUCAGGGUUUCUUCGUGUCAGUAUUUUAUUGCUUCUUGAAUGGUGAGGUCCGUUCUGCUGCCAGGAAAAGAUGGCACCGCUGGCAAGACCAUCACUCUCUCCGGGUGCGUGUGGCACGGGCCAUGUCUAUCCCCACCUCUCCCACACGGAUCAGCUUCCACAGCAUCAAACAGACCGCGGCUGUGUGAUGUGCCCCCUGAUGCACACCCGCUGUCCUUCAGGGUUCUUCUUUCUUCACUCUCCACCAAGCCCCUCUCUUCAAACUUACUUCCUUUAUUCUGCACUGCUCUCUUCCCCAAUGAGGUACCCAUAAUGUUUGUGGAGUCUCAUCUCCCAUAUUAUUAAUCCUCCUUUAAGCCAAUUGAGCAAGAGCCUCUUGGAGUAGGUGGUGGCAAAAUGGAUUCAAAGAAGAGAGAGACUCAACAGUGACUGCACCUUGUGGAAGCUCACAACACAGAGACUAACACAGCAUACCGGCAGAAACAAUUCUUUUCUCCUUUUCUUUGUUUUUCCUUUCCAUAUUGUGGUGAACAAAGACUAUUUUUAACAUACAGCCCAUCUCACCCUGUACAUUGAUUCCCAAUGAUUUCCACAGUUUGGGGUAUAGAUAGCCCAUCUCUUUCUUUGUUUCUCUGUAAAAAAAAAUAAUUCUCUGCAGAAGUGGCAUUUGAGAACAUAUGGCAGCAAGAAAAAGAGCAUCUGAAAGGUGACGUGAAAAAUCUGAAUUUUUCUGCCUUCCCCGUUUCUCCCUUUGAUGGACUGGGAGUUGGCCAGGGAAUUCCAAGAACCAUGCCCUGUUCAUACAGGAAAUUUUGAACAGGAUGGCAGUAUGUCUAGAUAGCUCUACAAAAUAUCCUUACUCAGCCCCACGCUUUCAACAUGAUGUAAGUAACCUUUGGAAAGUCUUUUUUUUUUCCAGCUAAGAGAAUUAGGGGGCAAGGGAGUCAGAAUGAAAACAGAACAUCUUUCCUAGGUUUAAAAAAUACAAAAGGAAAGCACUGUAAAAAUGGGAAGAAGAUAUUUGUAUUAUGAGGAUAGUGCUACAUGCUGCACAAAGAUUAUCUAUUGAGCAUUUUGAACUAGAGCAGAUGUAUCUACCAGGCUUUUUAUGUGAUGUUCAAAAAUACUGUAUAUUUUCAAUAAUAAACACUACACUGGGUUGGUUUCAAUAAAA